GUGGCGAGGGCGGGCGGGGCCGCGGUCAGGCUGGGGCGGAGGGCUGGAGUGGGGCGAUGACGCCUGGCACCGCCCACCACCUCAAACUGGGCCAAGCCGCUGUGGCUGUCGCCGUCGCCCAGGCCUCGUCUUCACCACAGUCUGCCCCCUGGAGCUACCUGCGGCGGCCGGACACUCGUAGCGAUACCGUCUCAUGACACCGUCUUCGAGACGCUCGCGAACAUAUGCGAAACAAAAUCCAUUCAAGUAAUUGACGAUAUAAGACGACGGUACUCCUUGUGUUACUUAGACUAACCGUCGAGUGAUAGCGCUGGGAUCAUCAACCACGUACUAAGAGAAGGAAAAAUAAAAGGAGUACGAAACUAAUUCCGCAAAAGUGGGAAAUUUAUUCGUUCAUAUAUAAUUACUCAGAAGUGUGACGAGACAGUUCCUCCUGGUACUCUGACCGAUAACACCGAGACACUCCCCGCCUUUCACAAUGCCGCUCAUGAUGCUCUCCGAGGAGUGAGCGUCGCGGCACAAGAUCGCGAGGACUCGGAACGUUUGAAUCAACAAAGCAGGUGGUCAGUGCGAAAAUGGAGGGGCGGGCUUGUAGCACCGAGGUGAUCAGGAUGACGGAACCAGAGCCAUCUGUCGGCGGCAAGGUGUCGUCAUGGGUGAAGGAGAACCUGCUGCUGGUGAUGACUAUCCUGGGCGUGGUGUUGGGCGUGCUGGCCGGAGCCUUCGCCCGCACCCUCGAGUACUCUUCCCAAACCGUCAUGCUCGUCUCCUUCCCCGGCGAGAUAAUGAUGAGGAUGCUGAAGAUGCUGAUCCUUCCCCUGAUCAUCUCGUCCAUCAUCACAGGUGUGGCCCAGCUGGACGCCACAGCCUCAGGGCAGAUGGGGUCCCGAGCUCUGGCUUACUAUUUCGGCACCACCAUCUGCGCUGCGGUGACCGGUAUCAUGUGUGUCGUGAUCAUCCACCCGGGCAGUCCCACUCUCCUCAAGCACUCGAUGGGGGAGACACCGGACAUCCUCAAAGAUGGCAGCAAGGUUACCACCAUGGACGCCUUCCUAGACAUUGUGAGAAACAUGUUCCCGGACAACCUGGUGAUGGCAAGCUUCUCCUCCACCAAGACAGUCUACAAGGAGGUUCACGUCGCUCCGAAGCUAAAUGAGACCCUGGAGCUUCUGAACGAGACCAUGCGAUCUUUGCUCAACGACACCACGCUUAAUGACACUUCGCCGCAGACCAAGUACGAGCGCUCCCUCACCAGUUCCGAGGGCACCAACGUCAUGGGAAUGAUCGUGUUCUGUGUGGCGUUUGGGUCACUCAUCGGUCGAAUGCCACAGGGAAAGUUGAUGGUGGAUUUCUUCAUCAUCCUGAACGACGUGGUGAUGAAGAUGGUGGAGCUUAUCAUGUGGUACUCUCCCUUCGGCAUCAUGAGUCUGGUGAUUGGUCAAAUCAUGAGCAUCGAGGACCUGCGAGAGACAGCCCAGAUGCUCGGCCUGUACAUGCUGACUGUGAUCGCUGGCCUCUUCGUGCACGCCAUGUUCACGCUGCCACUCAUGUACUUCAUGGUGACCCGCAAGAACCCUGCCACGUUCUUCAAGGGCAUGGUGCAGGCCUGGAUCACCGCGCUAGGGACAGGAUCCAGCUCCGCCACGCUGCCCAUCACCUUCCGCUGCCUGGAGGAGAACAACAAGAUCGACAAGCGGGUGACGCGGUUCGUGUUGCCGGUGGGUGCCACCAUAAACAUGGACGGCACGGCGUUGUACGAGGCGGUUGGCUCCAUCUUCAUCGCCCAGAUGUACGGCAUCCACCUAGGGCCCGGGGAGCUGGUGACUGUCAGCCUCACCUCCACUUUGGCCAGCAUCGGAGCGGCCAGCAUCCCCAGCGCCGGCCUGGUCACCAUGCUGCUCGUGCUCACCGCCAUCGGCCUGCCUACCGAGCAUGUGUCGCUCAUCUUUGCCGUAGACUGGAUCCUGGACCGCGUACGCACUUCCAUCAACGUGCUCGGAGACGCCUUUGGGGCAGGAAUCGUGAUGCACCUUUGCCGGGAGGAGCUGGAACGCAUGGGCCCCGCGCAGCCUUCCAUCGAAAUGCUGGACCGGGUUGAGUCAGGACUCCUUCCCCCCCACACGCCGGUGGCUGUGUCGCCGCAGCCUCCAGUAUCUCCGUCUCAGACCUCGCAGAAGGACCUCGUAGCCAUGACUGAGAAGGGCAACGGACAGCUGUGCUGGGGAAGUAACCCAGAUAAAGGAACAAAUUCCGAAACGCAGAUCUGAGCAGCAGAGAGCGGCGCACCUCACCCGCCGGCAGCCAGGGAGUAGACACCUAUGAUCUCAUGUACAUAGCUACACGUCUGGGUCUGAGUGGAGCUUGGUGAUGAGUAUUAAUGGAUCUGCAACUGCAAACCUAACAGUAUUUACAACAUUCAUGAAAACACACACACACACACACACACACAAACACACACACACACACACACACACACAGCUGAUUCCCAAACACUGUUGUAGUUGUACUAGUACCUCAACUAUUGUGUUGUGACUUAGUAAUAUUAAUGUUGUGAAAUAUUACAGGAUGAUUCAUUACUUGUGAAGCAACUGAGAAUUUUAAAGAUACGAGGUAUACUAUAGUUAAUACUAUGCGCAUUGCAUUAUUCCUUAGUAACAAAGGCUAAAGUAAACUGUUUAAUAGUGUUAUAUAUAUAUAUAUAUAUAUAUAUAUAUAUAUAUAUAUAUAUAUAUAUAUAUAUAUAUAUAUAUAUAUAUAUAUAUAUAUAUAUAUAUAUGCACGAGUAUAAAAUAUACAAAGAUCAUCUUAAAAUACAUGAAGACCUAAGUAGUCGAGAGUGAACACAAUGUACCGGAGUGUGGUGAGAUGUUCUCGUGCCUCACCGCGCUGCACAGCAAACUUCAUGAACUACAGAAGGUCAGUGGCACAAGUUCCGUAUUGUAAUUUUAGGUAGUCAUAAGAAUUCGUCACGGGCCAGAGGACGGAGCCUCUCCUCUAUACAUUAUUUCUGUGCUGGUCUGUUGUCUGACUGGCGACUUGGACUCCUAUAUCCUAUCUUUGUUCCCCGUAUGAUGUCCCUCGCUCUAGUCAGGCAUCCUUCCCCUCUCGUGAGGGCAGACCAUCUUCUGCUAAACCUCCACCGCACUCUUAGUUCCUUACCCACCGAUAUUUUGUAGAGUACUCAACCCCCGCAGUGUUCGUGUACUGAUGAAUAAACAGGAAUGUUAUAUAGAAUGUGUGUGCGAGGAUGAAUAGAGUAGUGAACGAAUAAUAAACGUAGGAAAUUUACCCUUGACCGUCAGUGGAAGCAAGACAUCCCUCUGUAGUAAGCAGUAAAGGAAAGCACGUCACGUCAUCGAUAUGUACAUAAUGUUUCCUUCGUGAACACAAAUUAUUUUAUUGAACAGGAGCAGUAUUUUCUGAUGACGCAGCGAGUGUAGGUGUACGUAAGUGCAAUAAGGAUUUACGUAGUACAGGAGUGAAGCGUUAAGAGGUAAAUAAUAAGGCCACGUGUCGAGGCCACCACACCUUUGUUAGAUAUAAACGUAUUAUUCAUGUGUAUGUAGUUAACUGGUGACAAUAAAAUCAAGACAGUUA